UGCGCGGAGGUGGGCUCGGGAAGGUUGGGGGCUGUCCGCACUCGCAGAGUGUGAUAAUAUUAUUUGUUGGAAUAGGGAUUUACUUAAGAACUACUCGAAAGCGACCAGCAGUAGUGAUGUCAGAAUUAUCAUUUAGCAAAGUAAUUCCACAAAUGCCAUUAGGCCCACUCUUGGUGCCAGUUUUCGGCCAGGAGCUGGGAUUCCAGAGCCUCUGCCCUCAUAAGGUCACUAGCUGCACACAGGUGAACGACGUGAGGUGGGGAUCAGAAGGAGUGGAGAGGGCGGCGCCUGUGGCUCAGUCGUUUUGAAGACGAGGACGGCGGGAACUCUCAGCUCUGGCUAGCAUGAACCAGUGGAGAGAAGGUUAGGGGAAGGAAGCCCCAAGGACCGGCCGAACUGUGACCACAGUGGCGGGCGGAAUGACUUUUUAGAAAACCUAGUGGACCAAAGGGGGCCGUGUCCUUGGGAGCGCACCCGAGACGGGGAGCAAGGACAUUUAGGUCCUUACUACCACUGUCAAGACAGCUUCAUGGGAAGGCUCUUGGGGAGCUGAGGAGAUGGAGCGGGCGAAUACUUUACGUCAAGAGGGAGAAUCCAAAGGAGGUGUCUUAGCUCACUUGGAAAGACUAGAGGCUGAAGUGAACAGAUCCUGUAAAGGUAAACGGUCUGAAGAGCUGCAGAGUGCGCAGGCAGUGGAAAGGCUUCUACGAGAUGAGCUGAGGGCUGAACUGAAGCAACCACAAGCCAGAGUUAAAGCAUCUAUUGCCAAUGUAGAACCUGACCAAAAAGUGGAGAUCAGUGAGGAAGAAGAUUUGGAAAGAAAGCAGGAAAAUAUGAAAGCCAUUUUGCAGGCAUAUCGUUUUACAGGACUCAGUGGUAAACUGACCAGCCAAGGACUCUGCAUCUGUAUCAGUACUGCUUUUGAGGGGAACCUAUUGGAUUCCUAUUUUGUGGACCUUGUCAUACAGAAGCCUCUCCAGAUACAUCACCAUUCGGUUCCAGUCUUCAUUCCACUAGAAGAAAUAGCUGCAAAAUACUUACAGACUGACAUUCAGCGCUUCCUGUUCAGUCUCUGGGAGUAUUUAAAUGCUUACUCUGGGUGGAAGUACCAAGUAGAUCAACUUCAGAGUGACUUUGCAGUUUCUCUGAAUGGGCCGCUGCAGAGAAACUCCCUGUGCAACUUGCUGUCAUUUACUUACAAAGUGGAUCCAAGGGAUCAGUCUUUCCAAUUUUAUGCAAGAUUGCUGUAUAAGGACCUCACAAUGAGUCUUCCCACUGAUGUCACUGUUACAUAUCAAGGAAUGGAAGCAUUAUCCACUUCCCGGGAAGAACAGCGUGCAUCCCAUGAAAUUCUGUUCUGUACAAAACCCCUACAUCAAGUGUUUGCUUCAUUUGCACAAAAAGGAGAAAAGCUGGAUGUGAGCCUGGUCUCCUAGAAUAUUUUUUUCACUGGAACAUGUCAGAAGUGAGUGAACUGGUAUAAUAGAUAGUCCCAGGCAAGGUCCUGGGAACUGAAGACUUUGACUGCCUCAGACUUCUUGCCUGGGGAUCACCCUUGUAAUGAGAACAGAUACCUACUUCAUCAGGAUAAGGAACAAAUUUGAGUACAGACAUUGGCAUUUUGGGACAAUUCCAAGAUUGCCUGGUCACUUGUUAUAGUGCCUAAAUUAUCUAUUCUUUUGAGGUAUUGAUUUGAUCAUACGUCUUGGUUGAAAAUUAGAAUGGUUUGUGGGUUGAUAGAAGACAUUUUAGGAAGGAGGGAAAUGUAUCAUUCACUCAGUAUUUCUAGCUUUUAUGGAAGCUUUAAGUAAUUCUGCCUCAUUUUCAUGAGACAUUUGAAAAGUUCUUAGAACACUCCAGGUUCAUGAUAAUGAAGUAGAACUUACAGUUAAGAAGGGAAGAAUGUUUAAUCUUUGGUUUGGAGCAAUGUAUUCUAGGCCACUGCUUUAUAAGUAGUAUGGUAUGACAAAGCAAUAUGGAUAAAGUAAUGCAGUGUCUGUGAUACUGUUUCCUAAAACAUUUUAGUAAAUGUUUUACUAAAUACACUGAAUGUAUUAAGUGCCCUAUAACAAGCAUGGUUGGAAAUCCACCCAUUAACUUGGUUGUUGCAAAGGGAAACAGGCCUUCCCCUGUCCAUAUCUUUCAUUCCCCUAGGCGGUUUAGUGAACCGUUUUCUCCCGGUAACCACUGGCCUCUGGUCUGCUGGCACUUCUUGUUCCUUGGCUUAUGGGUCAGUUCACAGAUGUAAAAACUUGUGUGUUUGGCCAACUUCUCCCAUUUCAAUUCCUGUCCCUCCUUUGCCUGGUCACAGGUGUGAUUGCUACCACUGCCCAAGGUCCAGAGCGGCAUUCAGGCUUCCUUUUGAAAUGGUCACUUCCUAGACCUUAUGGUGGGAAAGUAACCUCCAUGUGUGCAAGGGACAGUAAAGCUGGCUUGUGCCACCCUUUAGAUGGUAGCAGCUUAAGAAUAAAAGUGAUGUCUCACUUGAAGCCCUUGCCUUCCAGGCAUGUGGUGACCAGUGGCCGGAGUUAGCAAAGCACUUUGCCCUUCUUAGAUAAGUGAUGUCAACAGAAUUUUCACAGUGAUCACACUCAGGAUGAAUAAGGCUUUUAAUAAAACAAAAAAAAAAAAAUUUUUUUUUUGUAGAGGCAGAGUCUCACUUUAUCACCCUUAGUAGAGUGCUAUGGCGUCUCAGCUCACAGCAACCUCCAACUCCAGGGCUUAGGCAAUUCUCUUGCCUCAACUUCCCGAGUAGCUGGGACUACAGGCACCUGCCACACUACCUGGCUGUUUUUUUUUCUUGUUGUUGUGGUUUGGCCGGGGCCGGGUUUGAACCCGCCACCCUCAGUAUAUGGGGCUGGCACCCUACCCACUGAGUCACAGGUGCCAUCCUACAAUUUCAUUUUUUAUGUGGAAACCUUUGAUGAUGCGUCUGGGAUUUAUUUUGAGGUAAGGAAUAUGGUAAUGAUUUCCAUGUGUCUUAGUCUGGUUGGGUUGCUAUAGUGAAAUGCCACAGAUGGGGUGUCUUAUAAGCAGCACUUGUUUAUUUUCAUAGUUCUAGAGGCUAGGUGCUGUGUGUCAGGGUGCCGACAGGUUUAGUGUUUGGUGAGGGUUGCUUCCCACCCUGUCCUCACACAGGGGAAAGGGGUAGGCAGCUCUGGGGUCCCCUUCAUAAGGGCACAAACACCAUGCUGGAGGCUUUACCCUCAUGACCUCAGUACCUCGUAAUACCAUCACCUCGGGGGUGAAGAUUUCAACAUGCGAAUUUUCAGGAAACAUAAACCACCAGUCCACUGUAGCAUAUGUAUAUCA